AUGAACCGUCGCCAUGCACAAUUCGUAGCCGGACCCCUGCAGAGGGAUCACUACUUCACCCCCGUCACCGGCCUCAGCUUCUUCAACGCCAGGGAUGGCGAGACGUACCUGCUCGCCGGCGAGGACACGGAGCUGAAGGUGUACGAUGGCGAGGGCCGGCUGCGGUGCCAGCUGGGGAUUUUCCACGCCCAGCCCAUUCACGGUAUUCAUGUUGCUGCUGCCGCUGCAGGGCAUGGCUCGCGGCGGCAUGUGCUGCUCUGGGGGAACCGAGCCGUCACCGUCGUUUCUGCUGCCGUCAUCGAAGAGCUCAUCCUCGGUGGCGGUGGUGAGGGUGAGGCCGUGGUGGCGACGACACCGGUAGAGAUUAUCGAGGCCAAGGCGCCGGACUGGAUCUACGACGGCGUCAUUUGCCCUGAGGACCCGGACCGCGGCGUGCUCAUCACGGCGCACAACGAAGUCCUCGAAUUCUCUGUGGGGAGUGAUGGGAAAACGGUCUCGUUCGGUCGCAUCGUGUCGCCGUCCCGGCCGAUCCUGUACUCGGCGAACCUGACGUGGCUGUCAAAGACCUCUGUACUCGUGGCCGGCGGCACGGUCUUUGGCGAGAUUAUUGUCUGGAAGUGCCACUUCUCCAGCGAUGGAGCCGCAACUGCCGCUGAAGAGGACGGGAGCAAGUCUUGGUGCGAGGUCCUCUUCGUCUUCACGGGCCACGAGGGCUCCAUCUUUGGCGUCGAUAUCUCGCGUGAGAUCGACCUCGGCGGAGGGUGCACGGCGAGGCUGCUCGCGAGUUGCAGUGAUGACCGGACGAUUCGCAUCUGGGAUAUCACGGAGAGACCGGGCUCGCCGCGUUUGCAGUAUGACGCCUUUGGCGAGGCUAGGGAGACUGGCUUCGGAGGUUCUUCGUCUGCCGCCCCUGCUACUGCUGCCGCUGCCACAGAUCUCACAACAACACAAGUUGCCUUCAGCGCGCCACUGGCCAUGGUCAUGGGCCACAUCUCGCGCAUCUGGCACGUCAGGUUCCCUCUGGGAGGCCUCGACGAGCUGGCGGAGGGUCGUCCCGCGACGGUGUACUCUUUUGGCGAGGACUCUACGCUGCAAGCCUGGUCUCUGGACGUCGACCUCGAGGCCUGGCGGCGGAGAGCAAAGACGGCCGCCGCGGUCAAGGGUGGCGAGGCGCCCGUCGUGGCUGCGAGCAUCACGUAUAGGGAGACGUAUGCCCGCCACGACGGGAAACACAUCUGGGCUACCGCCAUCACGGAGAAGGCUAACGGGCAGGUUCUGGUCGCCACGGGCGGCGCGGACAGUAAGAUUAAUCUCUUCUUGGAACGUUCCUGCGUUGCUAGCGGCAGCGAUAGCGACAGAAGCAGCAGCAACACAACGGCAUCUAAGCUGCGAGAACUGCCGAGCGAGCUGCAGACUUUGGUGAUGCGGGACGUGGUCAGCAAGCUGGCCCCGCGAAACCCCGACCACGCGAUCCCCUUGGAAACAAAAGAGGCCUUUCAACGUUUCGCGUUCGUCCACGAGGACACCAUCGUCGCGACGAGCACCACCGGCCGUCUCCUCGUCGGCUCCUUUGGACCGGAACUCACGUGGACACAGAUCGGGACCGAUGGGGAGACGAUGCGCGCCCUGAACGCCUGCACGAGCUUCAAGAGCCCGGCCCCGGGCCUGGCGCUGAUAGGCACGGCCAACAAGAAGAUUCUACUCUACCGCGACUCGACUAUCCAGCAAGUCGGUACGGUGCCCGGUAAAGUAGCAGAUAUAUUCCCCCUGCGGAAAUUUUCGGCAGAGGAUGCGGGGGCAUCGGACAAGAAGCUCGAGUUCCUCGUCACCAUGCUGGGCAGCGGGGACGCCAUGCAGAUCCUCACGCUCGACCUCGACGCCUCGACCGUAACUUCCAUGGUGCCCGUCCCCGAGCUCGACAGCAGGUUCGUCGUCACGGCCGCCUGCCAGGUCAAUGACCUCCUCGUCCUCGGCUCGCGCCACGGCUACGUGUCCGUAUUUCGCCGCGCGGAGGGUGAGCAGCAGCUCAUCCCAUUUCCGGCACCGGACCGUCGCUCCGGCGACGCAAUCACAUCCAUCAACGUCUUCCCCACCUCAUCUGCUACGUCUGCAGCGGCGGCGGCAUCUCACAUCAUCACGACGAGCCGCGACGGAAACUAUCGCGUCUACGAGACCUCCGCCUCCGGCAUCCACCUGCGCCACGAGACCGCGCCCGCAGCGGUGCCGAACCUCGAAGACGCAUGGCUGUCUGGCAGCGGCGACCUGAUCCUCUGCGGUUUCCGCAGUAAGAACUUCAUCGUGUGGAACGAGACGCGGCACGAGGAGAUUCUCCGCGUCGAUUGCGGCGGCGCGCACCGCGCCUUUGCCUACACCCGGCAAGGCCACCAAAACAGCAACAGGGACGGAGACCGAGACCACGGCAUGCGCUUCGUCUUCAACAAAGCCGCCACCCUGGGAGUCUACACCCAGCACAGCCCCUCCGUCGCCGCAACCCACCACCGCACCCUCAAGCGCGGGUCCCACGGCCGCGAGGUCCGCGCCAUCGCGUACUCGGGGCACUCUAGCAACUCUGGAUCUCGUCGCUACAUCGCCACCGGCUCUGAGGACACUUCGAUUCGCAUCUGGGAGUACACCACGGCCGGCGGUGCUUCGCCUGAUGAAAGACGGGAGCUGCGCUGCGUCAAGGUCGUCAAGGUUCAUACCGCAGGGUUACAGUCCCUCAAGUGGCUCGGCGAGGACCUGCUCUUCAGCUGCAGCGGAAACGAGGAGUUCAUGGCCUGGCGUGCGUGCGAUCUCGGCGAUAGGGGGUUGGGGUUGAUGCGCGAGGCAGUGUUUGCGGAUAAGAGCGAGGACGGGGACCUUCGGAUCACAAGCUUCGACGUCGUGGCGCUGGACAAGGAAGAGAAAGGCAGCGUCGCCGUCACCAUGGCCUUUUCCAACUCGUUUGUCAAGACGUACCGGUAUACACCCGGCCAAGGCUUCGAGUUACUCUUCAAGGGCCAGUACACCGGUGCCUGCCUGACGCAAGCGCGGCACCUCCGGGUCCGGGACGGCGUGUUUGAUGUCAUUACGGCCGCGACGGACGGGUGUCUUGCUGUCUGGCGGUCUCAGGGGUCCGAGUACAUCCUGCGGCACACGGAGCGGAUUCACCAGAGUAGCAUCAAGGCCCUCGAUGUCCAUUACACGUCUGAUGACAGGGUUGUGGUCCUUACCGGCGGCGACGACAACGCGUUGGGCAUCGUCACGCUCGUUUCGCGAAGCAGCAGCGACGCUGAUAACGAGAUUGACGGCGGUUUCGAGCCCGUGACGAGAGCCGGGGUUAGGAAAGCGCACGCGACGGCCAUCAACGGUCUCAUGGUCCUCGGGGAACGAGGAGGCCAGGUGGACUUUGUGACGGCCAGUAAUGACCAGCGGGUCAAGAUGUGGCGGCUCGGGUGGCGCGAGGGGGUGGAGGAGGUCACGUUGCUGGCGGACGAGUAUAGCGGCGUCGCGGACGCCGGCGACGUUGAGAUUAUUGGGGAUGGCAAGGUUGCUGUCGGCGGUGUUGGGCUGGAGGUUUGGGAUUGGAGGUCUUGA